AUGUCCCCUUCCUCAGCAGCGGCCGCCCUACCCGACCGAACCUCACCCGCCGCCCUCUCCCGGCGCGACGGGUCACGGAGCACCGCACACAACGUCCCAUCCAACGGGCCACAACGGGCCAACAUCCAGCGCCACCCCGCUCGCGCGACGCCGACGCUGACGCCCAUCGGCCACCUCCGCGAACGGGAAGAUCGCCCCGAGAACCAGGAAACACCCCCACAGCCUAUCGAGGAUCAGCAAUCGCGCCAUUCAGUAACCGACGCCGUCCGAGUCGUCAUCACCGAGUCCCGAGUCUCGACGGCUGAGAGGCGUGGCCGAAAAAGAUACGGGUGUUACGGUGCGACACGACAUUCGUCCAGCGCUCAAUCAGCCGACCCAGCAGCAGCAGAACCGCCAGUAUCCUUCAUAUCAACCGCCGCCGCCACCACCACGACCACCAUCACAACAUUCGCAAUCAAGUACUUUGCAAUCGCCAUUACAAUCGCCGUCGCCGCUGCCUUUCCCGUUGUCAUCUUCGUUGCCAAACUUGUCAGCUUUGGCCUCCAAACCGGCUCCAAAAUCGGCUACAGUACCAGAGCGGGCUCAGACAAAUCCGACGCAACUACCAACAGGAUUAGCCAGCGCAUCACCAACACGAACAACGACGCGACUACCAACACCAGCUUCUCCACUGCGCCAAGUGUCCCCGGCGACGUUUCAUGCUUCCGACAUACCUAUCAAUCCAACGAGCCCUUCCGCGACGGCAAGGCCACUGAAGCCGCAGCAUCAGAACAGGAACAACAACAACAACAACAACAACAACAACCGUCAACAUCAGUCGCGUCAGCUUCGUCCUCAUCAACACAUCCGUCAUCGUUGUACGUGUACACGCCCGUUUCCGAAUCAGCGGUGUCUACUUCGUCGUAUGUGACGGCGGCUACAGGUCUCGAGGAUCUACCAUCAAACGACCCAACUUUCGUCCGCCAUGUCGCGAAUAACCAUCCGGAAAGGGAGGCCAUGCUGUCGGGUGGCCAUAUCAAUAGCGGGCAAGAUUCAGCUGGGCUGAGUAACCAGGUGGACUCCGACGCAGACUCGGCUAUGGGCGACAUAACAGGGGCGCUGUCGACAUCCUCGUUACGAUCCAGCAUUUACAACUACAUUGAAGAACAUGGGAGGACGUUCCACAGGUACAAACAGGGCAAGUACUGGAUGCCCAAUGACAAAAUUGAGCAGGACCGAUUGGAUCUACAACAUGCCGUGUUUAUGCGCAUGCUGAAGGGGAAGUUUGGGCUAGCGCCAGUCACAAAUCCACAGUCAGUCCUCGACAUUGGUACAGGGACUGGUAUAUGGGCCAUUGAGUAUGCGAUACAAAAUCCAGCGGCUCAUGUGGUUGGGACUGAUCUAAGUCCUAUACAGCCCGAGUAUGUACCUCCCAACUGCCAUUUCGAGAUAGAUGACGCCGAGGAUGAGUGGAUUUUCUCACAACAGUUCGACUACGUCCACGUCCGCUUGCUGUUCCACGCCUUCAACUCACACAAAGAAGUCAUGAUGUCGGCCUUUCGGCAAUUAAACCCUGGCGGCUGGAUGGAGUGGCAGGACUACUAUCCCCACAUACAAUCAGUGGAUGGCAGCAUCGCUGGCACGGCCCUUGAGCGCUGGUCACGGAUGUACAUUGAGGGUGGUCAACGACUUGGGAGAGACAUGCUCGCACCGAGAAGGUACAAGCAGUGGAUGGAAGAAGCCGGGUUCAUCAAUGUGGUUGAGGAGAAGCUCGUGAUACCGGGGAACCCGUGGCCUAAAGGGAAGGAGCAGAAGGUGACGGGCGUGUGGCAGAUGACCAACUUUCUUGAGGGUUUGCAUGCUGUGAGCAUGACUAUAUUCACAAAGGGGUUGGGGAUGUCGCCAGAAGAGGUGGAGGUAUUUUUGGUGGAUGUGAGAAAGGAUAUCAGAAAUCUGCGGAUACAUUUCUACUUUUUGACAUACUUUGUGUAUGGACAGAAACCACCGAUAUCCAACUACGCACGAUCAGUCCGGUCAUCACGGUCGGCGGCUACAUAAACAGAGGGAUGACGCAAGGCUGCACAGCAACCGUCGGAGAGUUGAGCAUGGAUGGGGGAUAGAGAGGGGCAAAACAACAUGGAUGGGUGGGUUUUUGAAACACUUUUUGGACAUUCGUUGAAGUCAGAUAUCAUACCAGGCAGGGCCGGGAAACACAAAGCAAGCGAGCGUGUCAUUC